CAGUGAGUUGUCUAUUUUUAUCCGUGGUUACUCUCGGCGGGAAUUUACGUCAUCGUAAUCAUCAUGAUGUAAUUACAUUGAACAUGCAAUCAAGAUUAAAACUGUCAUCUGUUCCAUUUUUAAAACAAUGUUUUCAAAAAUCUAAGUUCAUUUGCAUUACGGUUCCCAAACUAAAACAUAUUCUAAAUAAAAUGGGCAACUGUGAAUGUGUUUCAUCUAAAAUCAACACGGUAAAUAACGAUUUUUCUGGAUUUCCGAGUCAAGUAACAACAACCGUUGGGUUUAAAAUUCAUUUUAUUAGAAUACCAUUGUCCCAAAAAGAUAUCAAAAACUUGCAGAAAUCAUGGAUAGACAUUAAACAGAUCUGGAUAAAAAUUUGCGCAACAGCAUUUCAAAGGUGGUUUUCAACAUAUCCAGAAAUUAAAGAAAUGUUUAGUUACGAAUAUGACAAUGUAGAUGAGACCAGUAUUAAAAGUUCACCAUCUCUAUUUUCGCAUGUGCAGAAAUUUGAAUGCCUAAUUGAGAAAGUAUUAAAUGACGCCGAAAACAAAUCAAAGUUUGUGGAAACGCUAAUAAAUUUGGGAAAGUUUCAUUAUGAGCUUGGCGCACAACAAAAAUUCGCCACAGUAAGAAAUUUUUUAAAUAUUUUAAGAAAUUUUCUAAAAGUCUUUCAAAGAAUGUCAAAGUUUUACUUAUUUGUGCUUUACCUAGUGAUUAAAAAUUGUAAAAUUCAACGGGGCGCUUGGAUCAAGUUUAUCUUAUGCUACGUGCAUUAAUAUAAACGAAAACGAUUUGAUGACAAAAAAUGCAUGGGACACUUUUUUUCGUUUCAUGACUGGAAACGUUAGACUUGGAAUAAGAAUGAAGUUAAUGGAGAACUCCAUACAAAUUUAAAGUUUAAAGGAUGCGUUUUGGAACUCAAACGGUAAUUUACGUUUUGGAACUCAAACGGUAAUUUAAUAUAGUUGCUAUUUCGAGCAAUCUUGUGGACACCAAAGUUUAAAAAGAAAGCUGCGUGACAUAAGCUUCCUAAAAUGUACAUGUAUCUUAUAUCUAACUCCUUAUUUAUUUUAAUAUUUUUGCCAUUAUUAUUUGUAUAUAUUUUAAUAAUGUUAUGGCUAUCAUUGAUGAGAAUAAAAUUUUGUAUUGACUAUUUUUAAACUGUUUUUUGUAGAUACGUAAUAUAACUUCUUUUUUCUUUUUCUUUUUUUUGCAAACAACAAGUUGAUUUGAUGAAUUUGUAACAUGGCGCUAUUUAAUCACUUACUAUAAUAAUAUUAUAUAACUAACAAGACAAUAGUUUAAUAUAUUUUUCAGCUGUUGAUAGAAUAAUAUUUUUUUCUUAAUAUCUAAAAGCAAUAUCAGAUACUGUUUCAAUGUUUGGGCAAGCUUUUAUCAGUAAAAUUUGUAAAUAAAAAUUGUAUUUAAAUAAUAAAAAAAGUAGUAGUAAUACAUUGUUUUUUUAAUAUAUUUUAUUGAUUUUUGUAAAAUAAGUAAAAGACAGGUUAGAUAAUUAGAGUUUUGUUUUUA